AUGAAAUUUACGUAUUUGUUACUGCUGGUGAGCAGUGCCUUAGUUUUGGCCGCGGAUAGUAUGCAGCCUGUAUAUAAAAGCAAGGCAAGUAUGUACAGGCCGUACCUUGAUAGAAUCACGGGCAGGUUAGUAUUUGGUACCAUGCAGGGCGGGUGCAAUAUUGUGUCGAUGGGGAAUGAAGCAGGUGUGCACUUGACGCAGAGCACAGAUAAUUCAUACGGAAGUGUCACUGCAAAGCAUCCCAUUGCCAUGGACAACUGGAAGGUGGACAUACACAUGUCAGUAAAAAGAGGCGCCCAGGGCAUGGGCGUAUGGUUUACAAAAGACUUUAACUCUGGCACACUCUUUGGAGGAAGCCCGCAGUUCAAUGGUCUUCUUGUAUUUAUGGCUAUGUCUGAGAACACGCUCACUGAUAAGUAUCCCAUGAUAGGCAUAGCCACUGCAUAUGGCGGUGCACCCGUUGUGCACUUCUCUAAGAAGGUGGAUGUAGUGCAGGACUGCAUGAUUAGUCUUAAGUUUGUGAAUGGAGUACUCUCAGUUAUGUACGGUGGAAGAGACAAAGAAGUAAAACUAAUUGAAGAGAUGAGAAGAGUGUCAUUUGAUGAUGGAACACGUCUAACCAUAUCUGGGCAGGUGGCAGAUUCAGAUGGAGACAUAAACAUAAAGAGCAUAUCCGUUUUUAAGAUGCACCGCCCCAGAAGAAUCCCCGCAGCUGAUGAAAUACCAAAGACCCGGCAGAAAAUGACUUGGCUGGUAUUUGGUGCUGUACUCGUUGGUGUUGGGUAUUAUGUUUAUAAACAACGAACCGUUAAGCAAAAGCAUAAAGGUAUUCUACAGCAAUAAGUAUCUUUAUACGGGAAUUGUCUACGCUUGAUUAUUUUACCACAGAAUAAAUUUCCA